UUCUCAGAGCAGCGAAGCUCUUCCCUCUCUCUUUCUUGGUUUGUUUCUCUCAUAUGCAUUUAUUCUUCCUUUGCUUGGACUCUUUCUUUCUGUUUCUCUUGCAAUCUUUGGUUCUCUACAGAUUUCUCCAUCGAAGCUUACGCUUGAUCGAUCAUCGAAGGAUAGUCUUCAGUUUCUCAAGGCAGUUCAAGGGGAGGAGUUGUUGAAUUUGUAAUGGGAAGCCAUACUCGAAAAAUUUAACAGCUUUACAUGGAUCCCAAAAGUUCUAGCAAAGGAGAUGAACCUGUGGACAGGCCUGUUCGCACGAGUGACAGGCUCCGUCGACGGCCAAGUAUGUAUGGCCGUACGUAUAUGUUUUAUGGUCCAACCAUUAUUCGCAAAAAAAGCAAGACCAGGAAGCGGACAGCAGCUUCUCAGAUUGCCAAGAUGCUGCGUCCUGGAAAUCGGCCAGUACGGACAGCCAAAACCAACUCCGUGACAAACCUUCGCCGUUCUACAAGAAAGAGGAAGAUUUCUGUAAAUCUAGAAGGAUUCAACACAGACAGUUCUGAUACAGAGGAUGAUGAUGACCUAAUGAGGCCCAAUUAUCGUUCUUCUAGAAACAAGACUGAAAACAGUGCUAGUCAAGACGACUUGUCAAUCUCUCCAAGGCGUAAAAGGAUUGCCAAGAGUAAAUCUUUUCCUCGCCGUGAAGGAUUACGCCCUCGUCGCUCAAAAAUGGUUGAAAGAGAUCAAUCUGAUCAAGAUUUUGAUGAUGACCGGGGUACUUCUGAAGAUCAGGUUGGCCAAGAUGAAACAGAAAAUGGGAAUGAUGUUGAAGGGGAUGGUGGUGAUGAUGGUGAUGGUGAAGAUGAGGGUGAGGGUGAGGGUGGGGAUGAAGGAGAAGAAGAUGGUGAUGAUGAAGAUGCUGAAGAAGGGCAAGGUGGAAGGAGAAGGUAUGAUCUUCGAAAUCGAGCAGAAGUUCGGAGGUCAUCUCCUGAGAAGGAGGGAAAACAGAGGCCACGGUCACCUCGGAGAGUAUUGCAUCAAGGAGUAGGAACCAAAGGUAAUAGAGAUGUAAGAAAGGGUGGCUCACGAGUUCAUAAACGGCAUCGCAUAACAAGAGCUGAAGACUCUGAUGACUCGCUUCUUGUGGACGAGCUCGACCAAGGUCCUGCUAUACCAUGGGCACGAGGUGGAAGUAGAAGUGGGCCACCUUGGCUCUUUGGUGGAUUAGAUAUGCAUGGGACAACGACAUGGGGGUUGAAUGUUGCUGCUUCAGGUUGGGGUCACCAAGGUGAUAGUUUUGCUACUCUAACUUCUGGAGUUCAAACUGCUGGACCAAGUUCAAAAGGAGGAGCAGAUAUUCAGCCUCUACAAGUUGAUGAAAGUGUUAGUUUUGAGGAUAUAGGUGGGCUUUCAGAAUACAUUAAUGCUUUGAAGGAAAUGGUAUUCUUUCCCUUACUGUAUCCAGAUUUCUUUGCAAGUUACCACAUAACUCCCCCCAGGGGUGUUUUGCUAUGUGGUCCCCCUGGUACAGGAAAAACACUUAUUGCAAGAGCAUUGGCCUGUGCUGCAUCAAAAGCUGGUCAGAAGGUAAGCUUUUACAUGCGUAAAGGUGCAGAUGUGCUUAGCAAAUGGGUUGGUGAGGCUGAAAGGCAACUGAAAUUACUCUUUGAAGAAGCUCAGAGAAAUCAGCCAUCCAUUAUCUUCUUUGAUGAAAUAGAUGGUCUUGCUCCCGUUAGGUCUAGCAAACAAGAGCAGAUUCAUAACUCUAUUGUGUCAACUUUGCUUGCUUUAAUGGAUGGUCUUGAUUCUCGUGGACAAGUUGUUUUAAUUGGAGCUACCAAUAGGAUUGAUGCCAUAGAUGGAGCCUUGCGACGCCCUGGCCGGUUUGACCGUGAAUUCAACUUUCCGUUACCUGGUUGUGAGGCACGUGCAGAAAUCUUAGAUAUUCACACACGGAAAUGGAAGCAACCUCCUUCAAAAGAGCUAAAAAUGGAGCUUGCUGCUAGUUGUGUGGGAUACUGUGGAGCUGAUUUAAAGGCCCUGUGUACAGAAGCUGCCAUUCGUGCUUUCCGUGAAAAAUAUCCUCAAGUUUACACUAGUGACGACAAAUUUUUGAUUGAUGUUGAUUCAGUGAAGGUUGAAAAAUAUCAUUUCCUAGAUGCCAUGUCAACAAUUACACCCGCUGCUCAUAGAGGCUCCAUUGUGCACUCGAGGCCAUUGCCUUUAGUUGUUGCACCAUGUUUACAGAGACAUCUCCACAAAGUCAUGGAUCAUAUUUCUGAAAUAUUUCCUACAUCUGCAUCUUCUUCAGAUCUUGGCAAGUUUUCUAUGUUUUCUUAUGGUUCUGCAGUUCCUCUUGUCUAUAGACCUCGGCUUCUAAUUUAUGGGGAGGAGGGUUCUGGACUGGAUCAUGUUGGGCCUGCAGUUUUACAUGAGCUGGAGAAAUUUCCAGUUCAUUCUCUUGGACUUCCAUCCCUUCUUUCAGAUCCUAGUGCAAAGACUGCAGAGGAGGCAUUGGUGCAUAUAUUUGGUGAAGCAAGGAGAACCAUACCCUCAAUACUCUAUUUGCCACAGUUCCAUCUUUGGUGGGAAACUGCUCAUGAGCAGCUUAGGGCAGUCCUCGUGGCACUUUUGGAGGAAUUACCAUCUGACUUUCCUAUAUUGUUGCUUGGGACAUCCUCGGUUCCAUUGAAUAAAUUGGAUGGGGAAUCUUCUUCAGUAUUUACUUACCGUAUCAUGUUCGAAUCUGAUCUGUUUACUUCCCUAUCCAGAGUGUAUAAGCUAUGUUUUAUGAACGUUUAUCAAGUUGAUAAACCAACAGCAGAUGACAGGCAUAUAUUUAUUGAGCAUUUGGUUGAAGCUGCUUUUUCUAUCCCGUCUGAAGCAACAAUAAGCAAAUCUCAGGAAUCAACACCCCUUCCUGAGCUCCCUAAGGCACCAAAGAUCACAAGUGGUCCAAAGGCUUCAGAGUUAAAAGCUAAGGCAGAAGCUGAGCAGCAUGCCUUUCGCCGGCUGCGGAUGUGUCUUCGUGAUGUUUGCAAUCGGAUUCUGUAUGAUAAACGCUUCAGUGUGUUCCACUAUCCAGUCAUGGAUGAGGAUGCACCUAAUUAUCACUCAAUUGUCCAGAAUCCAAUGGAUGUGGCUACUCUUCUGCAGCGUGUUGAUUCUGGGCAGUAUAUGACAUGUUCUGCAUUCUUGCUGGACGUUGAUCUCAUUUGGGCCAAUGCAAAGGCUUAUAAUGGAGAUGAUUACAAUGGUGCUAGGAUUGUAAGCAGAGCGUAUGAGCUUCGAGAUGCAGUGCAAGGAAUGCUAUCACAGAUGGACCCUGCAUUAGUUACAUUCUGUGACAAGAUUGCUGCCCAAGGGGGGCCAACCCGUCUUCCAGAUGAUGGAGGCUCUGGUUUUCCUUCAACUCCUGUUGUUCAACAUGCAACUGUUACUAGGGCAAGUGCUCGACUUCGUAAUGUUCAGCCUGAGGUUAACUUGAGUCAAAGUUAUGAAGUAUUGAGACGGCCCAAGAAGAAUUCUGAUGCUGAGAAAGCAGGGGGUUCAGGUUCAACUGCAGAAGAGGAGUCAAGAACUGCAGAAUCAGCACCAACAAAGCUGGCAUUGUCUCAGACGGCACAAUCUCAAGAACCCGAGUCAAAUGGUGUGGCUUCGGAGAGGGCAGAUAAUCUUACUGCUGACGAGGAACUAGGAACUUCUGGAAAUGCUUCUGAUCACACCCCCACAAAGAAAUCACUGGAAGAUGUCUUAAUGUCCGAUGGAGAAUUUUCUGGUCAAGUUGAGUCUGCCAAACAGCGCUUGGUAGAGCUCACCAAAGACUACGGUGUCCCACAACUUGAAAGGCUUUACUCACGUGUCAUGAAAGGUGUGAUUGAAAUCAAAUGGAAGGAGGUCAGGGAAGCUCACAAGCCUUUAAUUUUGAAAUUUUUGUUGAGGUUUGCCGACAACGAGGUGAAUUUCUGAUCCUAAUCCGUUUCUUCUUUUUUUUUUUUGCUUUUUUUUUUCAAAAUUUAACCCUUUGUAUAAUUUCGGAAUUUUGAUUUUUCCUUGCGAGAUUAGUUGGUAGGCAAUUAAAGCAUUGCAUUCUUCAAAAUUUUUUGUUAUUUGCGGAAACUCUAUUUCUUGGCUGAUGUUUGGCAUAGUAAAAUGCUCAAAGAACACCAUAGAAUCUGAACCCCGGGGAUAGGCUGAUGCUGACUUAGAUGUGCACAUUCUUUGUCGGUAUUACACAUUCUUUAGUACAUUAAAUAAACAAAAUGUGCCGCAAUGAAUUGUUCACUAAAA